AUGUCGGACGCCAUCUCUAACCUCGGGGGCGGCGGCCUCUCGACACCAUACUUGGCCAACUUGGCGACUGCUCUCAGCUACAUGGCCGGCUGUCUGAUCACCGUCUUUGGCGGGCCUCUGAUCAACAAGAUAGGAAUCAAGUGGUCCUGUAUGAUCGCCGCCGUCAGUAUGCCUCUUGCUGGUUCGGCCUACUACGUGAGCGCGAAGUACUCGAUAGACUGGUAUCUUCUCUUUGCAAGACUUCUUGGGGGUUUCACGUCUGGUUUCCUCUACGUGGCCGAGACAGCCGCCAUGCUGUCGUAUCCGGAAGCAAACGACAGAGGUUUCUACCUGGGUAUCUGGUCGGCCAUGAGAAACUCUGGUAGCGUCAUGGGAGGCGCCAUCAACUUCUCGACCAACUACUCCAGAGCCAAUGCUGGUGGUAUCGCGUGGUCUACCUACUUGAUAUUCGUCGGCUUCGAAUGCACUGGAACGAUUUGGGCCCUCCUCCUAUCCCCCACCAGACGCGUACGACGUCGCAACGGCGCAAAGAUCCCCAUGGCCAGCAGCAUCAGCUGGAAGAGAGAACUGAUUGCGUUGUGGAGGCACUUACAGCGCAGAAAGACAUGGCUCAUGUCUAUUCCCGCGUUCUACUCCUUCUUCUUUGGCGGAACCAUGGGCACCUACCUCUCCCUGCACUUCUCCGUCCGGGCUCGCGCACUAUCGUCGCUGAUCACUCCGGCAAUCACCAUCGUCAUGGUCCUCGCCUACGGAAAGCUCUUGGACACGUCCCGCUGGUCACAAGCCAGGCGAGCGUGGAUCUCCUUUUUCUUCUGGGUCAUCCCCCAGGCCAUGUGCUUCAUCUGGAUCGGCAUCGAGUACAGCAAGUUUGGCGGAGGCAAAAUCGACGAGGCCCUCGACUAUGAGUUGCACACCCGAAGAUGGGCCGAAGCUUACCUUCCUUAUCUGAUCAUGUUCUCGACCGGUUACUGGACUCAGUUGUCCCUCUACUGGAUUCUUGGCACCUUCUCCACAGACGUCGGAUCCUCCUCCCGCUCGGGUGGUCUGUUCCGCGCCUUUGAGACCGCCGGCCAGGCCGUCUCGUACGCUCUCAACUCCAAGACCAGCGCCGACCCUAGAAUUCCAUUCUACGUCAAUGCUGCGCUGAUGGCCAUUACCAUUCCGUGCAUGGUGUUCCUCAUCAGGCUGGUUCCAGAUGCACCUGCUGCUACGGAUAUAGAUGCGGGAGAUGUUGUUGUAGAUCAGGCAGAGCGGGAUCCUGAUAACAAAUAG